AUGGCCAGACCAUCCACACCGCCGCUUCUUGCGGCUCCAACGGCAUGGGUCACUCCGGCAUCCCCUACACGUCCAGGUCCACCCGUCAAAUUCGCUCAGGCUCAGCCGGCCGUGAUCGUCCGACCAGCGGUCGUCGUCGAGCUGACUGCGGUCAUGGACGCGCCGACGUAUACCCAGCCAGUCCCCCUCUCCGGGCAGGAUCUCAAGGAGCAGACGGAAAGGGAAGAGGAGGAGCGCAAGGAGCAGAGACGGAUAGAACAAGCUAUCGAAGCCGAGAAGCGGCGGCGAGAGCGGAGGGUCCCGCCCAUGGAUGAUGAUGAUCUCGAUGCUCUGAUACGUUCGACUCAAAAGCUCGUCAAGUCGGUACACAUUGCACCACCCGGACGUGGGCGUCCCGAGGAUGAGCUCGAUCUCAACCCCGCGGAGGAUGAGCCAUUCGCGCUCGAUAAGCUACGAAGUCAUCUCGAGAGGCUCUAUGCGAGUGUGGUGUUCUCACUGUUGACGGUGGUCAAGGAGGUGAUCAGGAUAAGGGGGUGGGAAGAUGGGGGAAAGCGGACAGCGACUGCCUUGGGGGUUUACAUUGUCGCCUGGUACCAUGGACUCAUCUUCACCACACUAUCCCUGUUCAUCACCACCCUCGUCCUCGUCCCCUCGUCUCGGUCGUACUGCUUUGGUCCCAGCCGUCACUGCGUCUCUGUACCGCUCGACCCGCCCGACCCUACCUCGAUCACCACACUUACUGUCCUCGAAGGACCCGAGCGCCCAUGGGGACCUGCAGCGUCCGAGAGGCAGGCAUCAGCCUGGGCGGAUCAGAUGGAGAGCGUUCUGAUGUCGCUCGUUGCGCCUGGCGGGGCGUCAAGCGGGAAGAGCAAGGAAGUGAUGGAGAAGGCGGAAGAGGAGGUGAACGGGGUGAUGGUCAAGGAGUAUAAACAUCACACGAAGGAUGAGCAUGGGGCGGAUGAUAUGGGCAGGACGGAGAUGGCGAAAGAGAUGUAUGGCAAGCCGGGGAUGAAGAUUAUGGGCGGACUGGUGGACAAGUGGGAGCGGAUCGCAAACGCCAUCAACCCAUGCCCGCCUUUUGUCAAGCCUUCCCGAGAUCGCGUCUUUUACAUUCUCCUUCUCCCCAUGAUCAUUGCGUUACUCGUCAUUACGCCCAAGAUGGUUUCUCGGGGGUGCGGCGCUGGCUUUGGCUUUCUCAUGUUUGGCAAGCCCGUCAUUGACUGGACCAUUGACGAGCUGGAUCGAAGGAUUCCCACUUGGCGUCGCAAGCUGAUCAUUGAGUUCAACAUCCUCGCAGACGUACCUACCAAUCCUCAGCUCGUCCUCCGACACAUGCGUGAUGCCGAACAUCAACGGCGUCCUCUCGCUCACCCGGAGCCGGAACGGAAUCUCGAGGACAGCGAGGGGGAAAGUGAGGAGGACGAGGAUGGGGGCGAGGAGGAUGGGGGGAGUGAUGAGAGAGAGGGGGGCGAGAAGAAGACGAACAAGGAGAAGAUAGGUAAGCUGGGGCAAAAGGUGAAAAAGGGUACUAGGGCAAAGGUGCGGAGGACGUGGGACAAGCUCGGGAUCUUGAAGGAGGAGAGCUUUGCUUUGAUGACUGGGCACAAAAAGGUCAAUUACGAGGAGAAGGCCAGGAACGCCAUGGACAGGCUCCACAUCUCGUCAGACUCGAAGCCCGCUUCCAAGUUGCUUGAUAAGCUUCCAGGAGUGUCCGAGGAUGACUCGCCCGAUACACCAUCCCGCUUCAACGUCAACCACGUCGGGCACGGACCCGGACAUAUCAUCAUCUACCCUCCUACCCUUCACACAUCGCCAGGCGGCAAAUUCACCCCCGCGCGCAUCUGCCUCACUGCCAUCCGCCGCGUCCCCACCUCCCAAUCCGUCUCGCUCCAUCCAGACCAGCUCGACCCGACCUCGGACCACCUCAACCCGCGGAGCAGCACCCUGUCACACGGCGAGAAGACCGACCUGGUCAUCUCCAUCAAUGAUAUCAUCGCCAUGAAGAAGACGGGACUUGGGCACAUUGCGAAAAUGACGGUUUCGUGGGCGCUGAACGUGGAGGAUGUGGGUGGGACGGGACUGGACUUGACGAUCAUCAGGAGGGUACCGGUGGAGGGUGGAAGAGGGGAGGGGAUGAUGGGUGUCGAGGAGAGGAUUGAGUUGAAGAAGAUUGUGAGGAGGGAUCAGCUGUUUGAUCGAUUGAUUGCGCUGGGCGAGCAGCGCUGGGAGCUCAUGUAA